CGCACUGAACUUGCUCCGUCCGCAGACCAUACGCUACCAUAUCGACUAAGUCUUGGGCCUGUAGCGUAGAAUCCUCCCAGAGCAACAUGUAUCGCAAGCGCAACGGUUCCCUUGGCUUCUCCUUCACCCGCUUCGCGCAUGCCGCCGUCCCAAACUUCUUCGCCGACGAAACCCCCUCCCGCACACUCGACCUGACGGGCUACCGCCGGGACAUGUGCUACAUGCAUCAAAUCGCCUCCGCCGACCCCUAUACACUUGACGAGCGAUCGUUCUAUGUCGCGGGCGUUGUCGACUCGGAGGGCGUGAGCAAGAGGGUCUACGCAAAGCUGAAAAAGAACGAGAUAUUAAGAGAAGACGGAUUGGUGGACACGCACAAAAUCGGGCCCAGGUUCCCCCAUCAGCUGGCCCUGCUGAACAUCUAUCGGCAGAAGGAGCUGGUCGGGAUGCUGUUCUGGUGGGAGGAAGAGUGCCAGCGCCUGCGCAAGUUGGGCGCCGAGGAGAAAGACCUCGACGCGUUGAUCGCCGAGUCGGACACCAAGCUCACCCAGACCGACGAGGAUGGCGCGGAGAGACAGGCUGUCAAGGAAACACUGGACCAGCUGAAGUUCGCCAGGGAGCGGGUACGGAUGAAGAGGAGACAGAGACCCAGCCAGCGGGAUCCAGAUGUCGAAGCGGACAAGGAUGAUAUCAUGAUGGCGUUCCACGGACGGAGUAAGAGCGUACCUAAUGUGGGUGCCAGUGGAGUGGCAGUUGGUCCGGAUAGACCGAUGCAACAGGGGCAGCCGCCACAGUACUUUCCAGCUGCGUGAAGACGGCAUCGAAGAGACCGACUAUGACAUCCUUUAGACUGGUGCGGCACGCCUUCACUUCACCUGUACGGAGAGGAAGGGUUAUGGAAUUGCAACCGGAUCCAACCCUCACCCCGAUCGAUGCUUCAGCAUUGGAUAUAGAUCUAGGAAGCUGAAGGGAUCCUACAAGCUCAUUGGACUACCUGUUCCUGAGCUGCACAUCAACUAAUCUUGAGUUCAACAGUGAAGCCGCCGACUUUCUGGAAGUGGUUCCUCACGAGCCCGCCAUGAUCGAGCUCCCUUUGAAGAUAUCAGGAAACCAACACUGGACACGAUUGGUGUGCUUCAAUCCUGAUUCUGAUGGUGGCAGGAGGCGGGUGGCUUCGCGGCUGGACGACCAAAAUCCAGCACAUGCUUCUACGACUACUUUCACGCUUCAAUCCACUCAGUCGCCAAAAGGCGGAGUGGCGUGAUGGUCAGCAGCUACCCAAGAUUGAUGUUGUCGCGCAUGGCUUUUAGUUUGGGUGCAAGAAUCUCAACAGACGACCGUCUCCAGCACGCAGAAGUAUCGUGGUGGCGUUCAUUAUGUGCGUCGACUUGGCGUGAAGCGACCGAUCUCACUCGGGGUCGAUGGCACCAAAGGCGUGCGAUGCGACUGGGUCUCUAUCGCUGUCUCCGACCAUCUUGAAUCUCGACGCAUGUCCGAGUCCAAAAUUUGUUCACAGACUCCUUCAAGCUUGCCAACCUCUUCUCGCCUCCAUCCAUGGUUGUCACUCGCACACGAAUUCAGGCAGCAAUCAGCACACCAUUACCAGUGAAUCCGCUGGACACGCUCUGAUUUUCUCACACCUCUUGCCCUUGACGUACCGCAGAUGACUACAACCCUGUCGGACGUCUAGGGCCUUCGAGGUAGGAGAUGAAACAAGAGCCCGGGCUACGUCAAGAUAGUGCAUCCCACCUACGUCAAUCCUCGAUCCUAUGUGCUGGGCAGCACGGAGCGACGAAGAGCGUAAUACAACAGUAUUUCUUUCCCUUCCCUGUUGUUUCUCUGACUCUCGCGCUCCACUGGACUGUGCCUACGCUUUGCCUGGGGCUGCCACUAAGGUAAAGUAAACAACUGGGUGGGAACCGCAGCCAAACAUCCUCAACUACAUGGCAUAGCACAUGGACUUCUGAUGGAAAGAAGCGUCAGAAUUGAAGCAAGGAAAGAGCCCUCCCAUCGAGACCCCGUGGCUUGAACUGUCAAUGUGUUAUUCUGCAAAUGUGCCCGUCGUGACAAAGAUAGGGUCCGCACAAACGAACAGAGACUCUGAUGGAGGAAGAGCACGAAUCGCUGGCCACGACAGUUGUGCCUUUUUUCUGCUAGGCUUUCCCCAAGUGCAAGCAGCGUUUAUCAAGUCGCUGCAUUGCUCCUCGCGAAAACUUCCCUGUACAGCAGCGGAGCUGCUUAUCGACUCUAAGGCGAACAAGACUCCACCCAAGGAGCGUCAGAACUUCCAUGGCAAAAGCGAGAUCGAGGAUAGACGAAUCAAAAUUUUGUAGAGAGACACUGCUAUUGCAAACACGGACGACAAUAUCAGAUCUAUCCGCCUCUAUGACUAUGUGAGACACCCUUCCCCUUGCCUUGACCGCGAGCUCUAGGGUGGCAACUUCGUGGUGGGAUUGAGAUACGGUCCGAGAUAGAUAUGGUCGUCGGCCCAAUCCAUCAACUUGUC